AUUCCUGACGGGGGAGAGUCUGCGGGUGAAUGAUCCGGAUGUUGAUUAGUGAUGUCUGGAUCCCGACCAUAGACCACGCUGCUCUCGCUGUAGUGAUGGACGCCUUUGAUUUGUUUCGGAAACUCGGAGCUGGAGCUAAGUUUGACCUGAAGAGAUUUGGUCAGGAUGCCGCUCGGUUUAAGGCUGUAAGACACGGAGGGGAAGCGUCCCUAGAUCCUCUCUCUGCGAUCGAUUUCUUUGGCACAGGCAUAACCAGUAGAGCCCAGAGCAUCUCCACAGGACUGGAAGAGGAGGAGGAGGGGGAGGACAGUGAUGAAGAGGAGGUGGAAAGUGACUCUAGUGCAGGAGGCAAAAGGAAGCUAAAGGAUGAAGAUGGGGACGUCAGGACAAAGAAGAAGAAGAAGAAGAAGAGUCAGCAGGUUGAGGUGGAAGCUGGUAACAAACAGAAAAACACAGAAGGAAAUGGCAUCGCCUGGACCUCCUCACUGGACGGAAAGAUCCAAAACCUUCCAAAAGCUGGGAAGGAGAAGUCCUCCCUGAAGAGGCUGAAGCAUCUUCAUCAGGAAAAGGUGAACCGUAUUCGCUCUCAGCAUCGUAUAAAUGUGCACGGCUGUGAUGUUCCUGACCCUGUGUGCACGUUUGAGGAGCUCCAGAAGGAGUAUCGCCUAAAUGCUCGUGUCCUUCAGAACCUCAGAGAAGCAGGGCUUGACUCACCGACCCCAGUACAGAUGCAGGCAAUACCCCUCAUGAUGCAUAGUCGGGAGCUACUGGCCUGUGCUCCGACAGGAUCAGGAAAAACUCUGGCUUUCUGUCUUCCACUUCUUGCCCACCUUCAGCAGCCGGCAAAUCUGGGCUUCAGAGCUGUGGUCAUCUCCCCAACAAGGGAAUUGGCCAGCCAGACCUACAGAGAGCUGCUGCGUCUGUCGGACGGCGUCGGAUUCAGAGUUCACAUCUUAGACAAAGCUUCUCUGGCAGCCAAGAAAUACGGACCACAGUCGAGCAAAAAAUAUGAUAUUCUCGUCAGCACUCCAAACAGACUUGUCUUCCUUCUCAAGCAGGACCCUCCAGCUCUCGACCUCAGCAGUGUGGAGUGGCUGGUUGUUGAUGAGUCUGAUAAGCUGUUUGAAGGCGGUAAGACCGGCUUCAGGGAGCAGCUCGCCUCCAUUUUUCUGGCCUGUUCUGGUUUGAAGGUGCGCCGGGCUUUCUUUAGCGCCACAUGCACGGCUGAUGUGGAGCAGUGGUGCCGCCUGAACCUCGACAACCUGGUGUCUGUCAACAUCGGACACAGAAACACGGCGGUGGAGACGGUGGAACAGGAGCUGCUGUUUGUGGGGACGGAGAACGGCAAACUGGUGGCCAUGAGGGACAUCAUCAAGAAGGGUUUCCUUCCUCCCAUGCUGGUGUUUGUUCAGUCCAUAGAGCGAGCGAGGGAGCUCUUCCACGAGCUGGUGUACGAGGGCAUCAAUGUGGACGUGAUCCACGCAGACCGCACACAGCAGCAGAGGGACAACGUAGUGAGCAGCUUCCGUUCCGGGAAAAUCUGGGUGUUGAUCUGCACGGCUCUGCUCGCCAGAGGAAUCGACUUCAAAGGGGUGAACCUCGUGUUGAACUAUGACUUCCCCACUAGCGCUGUUGAGUACAUCCACCGGAUAGGUAGGACUGGUAGAGCUGGACAUCUGGGGAAGGCCAUCACCUUCUUCACAGAAAACGACAAGCCACUUCUGCGCAGCAUCGCUAAUGUCAUAAAACAAGCAGGCUGCCCUGUUCCUGACUACAUGAUCGGCUUCAAGAAGAUACACAGCAAAGCGAAGCGGAGACUCGAGAAGAGACCACCAAAGAGAAGCACCAUCUGCACGACUCCUCGUUUCUUAAUGAAGAAAAAAGGGAACACGCCGAAUAAAGGACAGAAAAGAGAGAAGCAGGCAGCGGGGGGAGAGCAGAAAGGAGAGAGCGGAUCUCAAGCAGCAGUGCAGCAGCCGAAACAGGAAAAGAAGACAAAAACACAGAAGAAAAUAAAGAAAACACAGAAGGGAGCAGGAACGGAGAAACCGAAGAAAUUGUCCCAGAAAAAAGGAUCCAAAAUUUUAGGAGCUAAGUUAAAAAAGAAAAGAGACAAAAAGUAAACCACAACAUGAUUCAAGGAAAAUGGGAUCCAAAGAGUGGUCUGAAGAUGUAAAUUUAUUUUUCCUUUUUUAAUUAAAUCUUGCAGUCAAUGUUGAUGCUUAUUUGUAUUAUCUGAGAAUAAAAUAAACAGUUUUACGCACUUG